AUGGCACAGAGUGACUACUUUCCGGAGAACUUUUCGGAGCUCUCGGCUUGGGAUCUCUGGGAUGCCUCGGAACGUUUCGCAGGGCGGGACGGUUAUUCCCGUGAGCAGUGGUUCAGCUUCUGGCGUUCAGCUUUGCAAGAUCAAGUGGAUGCCUCGACCCAGGAUAUCGCUCCCCCAUCUACUUUACCAGCCUCGGAAGGCCCUGGCCACGAAUGGGGCACAGAGGACUGGGUGCCGACUCCGGUGCUUUCCACUGAUGAGCCGCCCUCUUCUUUGCCUACACCCACCACGGAGGAGGCUGAGGACUUCAACUAUGUGCCGUGGAACUUUUCGCAGCUUUCGGAGGUGGCAGGGGAGUUCAGAUACUUUGCACCCGCCUCCAGAUGGUGCAGCUGGCUCUACCUCGGCUACCCAGUCGGAUCCUUUGCCUUCGACGACCUCUACCGACUCGUCCCCUCCUUUACGAUCGUCGGUUAUGGAUUCCUUAUCCUCGAGAUCUACGAUGCAGCAGUUAGCCACAGCUUUGCAACUCUCGAUUCCGGUCUUGAUGCUUUCCUGGCUUCCAAAGGCUGGUCACCUGAUGCAGAUGAACUCCCUGUCCUCAGGAUGCUGUGGGUGCAGGCUCACAAGAUAUGCAAUUUGCCGUCGGUGGCCUCAGAUUCCUCUGCGAGUACUUUGCAUACGUCUUGGGCGGAGACCUUUCCUCCCAAGCUCUCCUCGGAAACGACUUUGCAGUUGAAGCGGGAUUUUGAGAAAUCCUACCCAUCCGAAAUUCUCGAUGACACCAACUUUCCGAGUGCGCGUUUGCUUUCUCUCGCUUACAGGCUUAAAGGCACGUCGGACUGGAAGUUCAUCUCCUGGAAACAUAGACUUUCCAAACAACAAGAAGAGGAUUACAACUCGUCCAGGCCCAGAAAGUUGGCGAGAUUUGAGAACUUUACCGACGUCCUUUACGACGACGUGCCCUCUCGCAACGUUGCGGAGAACAUGGGAUUAUAUGGAAUAAGCAAUUUACUUUCCAUACAUUCCAACGCGCUCGCGCUUGCGGACAUCGCUCAUCUUGCUACUUUACGAGUGCGAAGCAGUCGAUGUUGGGAAGUCGUUGGCCAACUUCGGCAGGAAGGCUGGUCGGUGGAUGAUGCUUUACAUGAGUUCACUGACGUUCGUGCCGAGCUGGUUGCUUUGCUUGCUCCUCGACUCGCUCCUUUCAAAGGCAAGAAAGGUGAUGGAAAGGGUGGCAAGGAGCCCUGGAAGGGCCUUACCCCCAAAGGAGGCAAGUCCACAGGGGGCAAAGGCGGCACAACUCCAGGAAAGGGGAAGUCUACCUUUACCAAAGGUACACAUGCCUUUGAGUGGGCAAACAAAGCGAAGAUCAAUGGUGAGACCAAGGUGCUUUGCAUGGCAUACAGUACCCACAAAGGCUGCACUUCCAACAAUUGCAAGUUUGAGCACCUUUGCCCCGUGAUCCUGGAGAACGGCGAGGAAGGCCUGGUUCCAGUUGCUUUGCCUGCAGAUGCUACAGGCAUUUUCCUGGACAUCAACGGGGGGGCCCGGCGCCCUCUUUCAGCAGCAUUUCUUGGAGCUGGCUGUGAUACUUUCUCGGUUGCCCUUUUGCACAUCUUGCUCUGCGCCAGUGAUUUCCCUUCGAAUCUUUUCGAUCGCAUGAUUCAGAUAGCACACGCAUGCUUUGCAGCGGGUUCUCACGUACUGCUUUCUCAGCACUCUGGUUCUUCAGUGUGGAGCCAUGCUUCGGUGAUUUUUCUUUUACAGCAGAUGGGUGCAGAUGCUAUUUUCUGGGACCCACAACGGUUUGGUUGCAACUUCGAAGGCUUUGGACUCCUGGCUGCGUCCUUUUCAUCUUUGCAGUUUUUAGCCACUGCUUCCUCGACGGGGUCUUCAAUGCAGGCCCAUCGGGAAUUUGACUUUUCUUCCUUGAGCGCGGACUUUGUGCUCGCAGUGGCCGAGGGUUCCCUGCAUCUUUUCGCUCAGAGAAGUCCGGAACCUAAAGAUUUGCAGUUUGGCCAGAUUCCUUUUCUGAGGCAUGUCAAAGCGAGAUUCGAUCCACCCUUUGCCAACCAGGAUGGUGCUGGGAUUUACUCAGUGCCUGAUUGGAGUACGCCUCCACCUGGAGUUCCGGAUGUACUUUGCGAUCUCAGGUCCAAACUUCGGCAGUGGAUCUUCGAUGAAAAGAUCCCACAACGACUACAGGCCCAUGCCUUGCAGCACAGCUCAGAGCCACUCUUUCAGGAGGGCGAGAUUCAGCAUCUCAGACAGCUUUUUCAGUCCUGGGUCUCAGAACAAGGAUCGUCACAUGUGAUUGACUGGACGAUUCCGGACCAUCAACCUUACGCUUUGCAUGCUUUGAAGUUCUUCUCACAGUUUGUCAAGGUUGAGGCCUUUGCGGAUGCAAGAGCUGAUGGAGAGCUCAUUGGGAUUGGCGGUUUUAUUGCCUUCCCGUCUGGUGCUUACAUUUGGUUUUCUCAGGCCUGGCAGCUUUCCGAUUUGUCGGUUUUGAGCUUGGAACUUCGCCGACCCGCACAUAAGGACAUUGCCUGCUAUGAGACUUUGGCGCAGAUUGCUUUGGUACAUGCUUACAGGUCAGUAUUUCCUUCGGGUCGAGUGGCAGUUCGCCUCCCCUCCUUUCCCGACAACGCUUCGACAGAGGCCUUGGGGGCGAAGCUUUACACUGCCAAGUGGCCAUUGGGAGCGUUUGCCCAGAAACUUUCCCUCAUAUCUGCAGCUUCGGGUAUUGAGCUGGAUAUUUCUCACAUCGCCGGUGAGAAAAAUGAUGAUGCAGAUCUGUUGAGCAGGUGGAAUCAAACUGAUUCUUUACCUGACAAAUGGCGCAAAGAAGACCGGGUGGAUUGCUCUCUCAAGUUCAUCUGGUUCUUUCGCAAGGAGGUCCUGGUGUGGCCUUCCCACUUUUCUUUACCAGCGGUGACACAGGAACGACAUGUGUCAGAUGAUGACAUAUGA